AUGAAACGUGACUUUCUUAGGGAUAUUGCUACAGGCAUUAAAUGGAUUCAUAAAAAUAACAUUGUACACCGUGAUAUACACGAUGGAAAUAUAUUAAUAGGUAAUUUGGAAAGCAAUGGUCCUGAUUCUAACAUUUUAAUUGCUGAUUUAGGAUUUAGUCGUCCAGCGAAAGAUAAUUUGGAAAGUUCUGAAUCCAAUAUAUAUGGAAUUAUGCCAUAUAUUGCACCUGAAGUGCUUAAUAAAAAGCAAUAUUCAUUUAGUUCGGAUAUUUACAGUUUAGGAAUGAUAAUGUGGGAACUUACAAGUGGAUAUCGCCCUUUCUAUGAGCGAAAAUAUGACUCACUUCUUGCGCUUGAUAUAUUUAAUAAAUUGCGACCAAUUAUCACUGAAGAUACUCCACACUGUUGGGCUAUCUUAAUGCAAAAAUGUUGGCAGUCGGAUCCCUUAGAAAGGCCAACUAUUGAUGAAAUAUAUGAUGAAGUAAAUUCUAGAUAUUGGAAUGAAAAUGAAAGUUUUAUAAAAGAAGCUGAAAAUAAACGACAAAAAUUGCUUAAUACCGGAAAAUUAGCCGUUAAAUAUAUGCAUCCUCAUUCUAAAACCCAUAGCCAAUUAUUAAAUCCUACUAUAGACUCUAUGCUACUUCAAGGUUCUAAAUCUUUUACAUUACAACCUAUAGAUUCUUUUCAAAGCAUUAGCAGCGAUUCAUUUAAUAUUAUUCCUGAGCACUUCAAAAACGCUGACAGUCUAAAUUCAACAAUAAAUAUGCCACCUUCAAAAAAACACACUAUCGAAUUUUUACUGGAUGAAAAUUAUUAUGAUUCACAGCCAUAUAACUUGUCAUUAAAUGAUGCCAUUUAUCAAAUUACCAACCUGAGCAAUUUGAAUUUAAAUCAUGAUAAACUAUGUUAUGAGGCGGGAAAAGCUCUAUCUGAAGCUUUAUGUACAAAUUCUAAUCUAAAAUGUUUGGAUUUAAGUUCAAAAACACUAUGUAAUGGGGCGGGGCAAGAAAUUGCUAGGGCACUAAGCAGUAACAACACACUAACAAAUUUAAAUUUAGAAAACAACUAUCUUGGUGACGAUGCAGUAAUGGCUCUAUCCAAGGCUCUGUACAAGAACACCUCCCUUAUAUGCUUAAAUUUAAGGAAUAAUCGAUUUGACAAAAAGGCAUUGGCUGCUUUAUGCAAAAAUACCGCCUUAACUAAUUUAGAUUUAAAUGAGAAUAGUCUAGGUGAAUCGGGAAUAAAAUCACUGGCUGAAAAUAACCUUGGUGAAUCAGUAGAAAAAGCAUUGGCUGAAGCUUUAUGCAAAAAUAUCACCUUAACUAAUUUAGAUUUAUCAUGGAAUAAUCUUGGUGAAUCAGGAGUAAAAGCACUGGCUGAAGCUUUAUACAAAAAUACCACCUUAACGAAUUUAAGUGUAUAUAAUACCCGAAUAACUGAAUUAGGAGGAAAAGCACUGGCUGAAGCUUUACACAAAAAUACCACCUUAACAAAUUUAAAUUUAGGAUUGAAUUUUCUUG